AUGGCGUCGCUCUCCGAAGGAGAUGUGGUGAGCAAGGGUACAGAGAUCGGUACGAUGGGGCAGACUGGCGAGACAUCCUUCACCCACCUGCACUUUGAAACUCGUUUGGUGGGGUAUUGCUCCUACCAGUUUCAAUAUGCCAACAAUCGGCAGGCCUCCCCGACAUCAAGCUGUAACACUGGCUUCGACCCGCACGUCCACCCGUACUUGUUUGUCGGUGGACAGAGAGAUGGCCAGAAGUACCUAUACGAGGUGGAGCCGAUACCUGGAUAUGAUUAUGCCGUGCGGUACAAUGCUACCCGCGGGCACAUGGACAUGGAUGUGAUAAGAACAAGCCUCGGAGAUGUUCACAUCGGAACGAGACA